AUGAUUUACUAUGACACGACGCACUUGUGGGCUGUACUGAUGCGAUGGCAUGGUUCUGCAUUGAAUGGGUACGCUCCAAUGCGUGCGCUGAUCAUGGCAAUGAUUGCGCUUGUUGUUGCAGUUCUGAACAACUAUCACCCGUUUGUGGUUUCCACGCGUGAAUCAACGGCGUUCACAGAUUCCUUGACAGUGUUCAAUACGUUUCUGGGACUUAUCGUAUCAUUUCGCAUGAAUUCAGCCUUUACUCAGUGGCGUGCUGGAGUUGUAGCCGUUGGCUCUCUUUCUGAGACCGCACGUGACAUCGUGAGCUCUGGUUGUGCGUAUGUUAGCACCACGAUAAAGACAGAAGUCACUGAGGCUGCGAAAAGUAGCAAAGAUACGAUGAAGACCCAUCCAGAACCCCACUCAUCGGGUGAUCCAAACACAUUGACGAUUUCUCAGGACGUUCUUGAGAAGUGCGCAUUUUGUACGGAGUUGCGAAGACUGGUUUUCCUGUACAUUGCGAUUGUAUUCCAUGGCUGUCGUGAGAUAGAUGGAAUUGACAAGCUGAAGGAAUCGGGCGUGUUGACCGACACUGAAUAUGACGAGCUAUGCGCAUGCGGCUCGGAGCACAUUAGGCAAGUCGAGAACAAGGAGUCGUACCGGGCAGUCGUACGACGUACACCGCACAAAUUGCGCGCCACCAUUACGGAACUCUGGCUCAAGAGACUUGUGCAAGUUGCCACGAAUAGAGGGCAUUUGUCGCUACAAAACUCGAACAAUUUACAGAUGAAACUAGCGCGACUACCGAAUUUGUACACGACGGUGUUUGGCAUCGCCAACGUUCCGAUUCCCUUCAACUACAUGCAGUACCUGCAAUUUCUGCUGACCGCGUACAUGCUUCUCUACACGUUUGUAAUUGUGCCCAGAUCUGGAUUAUACACCCCGCUGUGGGUUUUCAUGUGGGGUACUUUUCUCUUCAUGGCAGAUGAAGUUGCUAUGGAAAUUGAGUGCCCAUUUGGACUCGAUGCAAACGAUAUCGAUCUAGAAUCUCGGUUACUACAGAUUGAAGAAGAGCUUACGGUGCUUAUCCGUAGUCAGUACUACUUCGUUACGGGCGGCACAAGUCUGACGCGUUUAUCAGAGAUCAUUGUCCCCGAGCGACACGAGUCUUUGAACAAACCGCCACUUCAAAGUGAUUUUUCGUUUCACCAGGGUCGUAUGUCUCCAUCGCACAAGGCGAUGCUUCAACAGGAUUCUUUGCCUGAGAUAAACGAGUUUACUACACUUAUUCAAUGUCCGAGCGUGACUAGCAGCAGCAGGGGAAACGAGUACGGGUCUGCGGAUUAUACGGCGUAG